CCCCAAGUUUGGGCACAUAGGAAUACAAAAAUAGUGAGAAUACUCGCUUCUACCAACUUCCAUCGUUCCUAGUUCCUACUCAUCAAUCAUGGCUUCCCUAUCCACCUUCUCCAACUUCCUCACUUUUCUAUUCCCCCCAAAAUCACAACCACCACCACCACCACCAUUACCACCACUACCACCACCGCCAAACCUCACCAUCUGCAAACACUUACACCACGUGACGCCACUGGAUCACUCCGAUCAAGCUCCACCUUAUUCUUGCUCAUCGUCUCCGUCGUCGCUGUCGUCGGUGGUGUGCCCGUCGCUGGCGCAGACGAACACGAUGUGGUUCAAAUCAACGUACAACGUGGAGGUGGCGGUGGAGGAGAACGAGCCGGAGGAGAGGCUGCUGAACCGGUUCCGAAGAGAAGUGAUGAAGGCUGGCGUCAUCCAAGAGUGCAGAAGGAGGAGGUACCACGAAGACACACAGGAGAAGCGGAAGCGCAAGUCACGUGAGGCUGCUAAGCGUAACCGCAGAAGGCGUCCACAGUCAAAAUCAUUAGCAGAAAACAAGCAGGCUAUCAAAGAAACCAAAAAGAAAGACGAUGAUGACGAUGAUAACUGGGAUCUACCUGAAGAUAAUGCAUAUAUUGACCACUUCUAAAUAGACUCUACACUUUUUUGUAAAUUCUACUAAUCUUUGUGAAAAAUCGCAAUUAUGUAUACGUGUAUAUAUACUUGUAGGAAUGUAUAGUCUUAAGUCUUGAAUAGAGGUACAUGCUAUAAGAAAUAGUUGUAUUAAUAUGAAUAGAAAUUAUUAUGGAAAAAAUUAGAAAAAAUAAUCACCAAUAUCAUAUAGUAACAAAAAAAAAGCACAAAUAUCAUAGUUAUAUCAGAUUGUAAUAACUCAAAAUGGGCAUUGAGUUGGAAGCGUGCCAUUUACCAGCAACAUCUCCUUCAAUUGAAGACGUACUUUCCAUCUCUAAACACCAAUUAGUCUAUUAGUCCUAGCUUAUGAUCUAUUAACAAUAACCCUAAUAGAUUGCAUUUGCUUAUUAACAUUCAAAAGCUAUUAACAACCACAAACAAUCAAAACUUAUAUUUAUAUGUAGCAAACCAGAAAGCGAGAAGUUGAACAGAGCAGAGCACAACAGAGCUUCAGGUGGCGAUCUUCAGGCAAGUGGCGGCGAUCGGCGAGCUUCAGGGAGCAAAGCUCUUUUUUUGUCAAAUGAAUUGCAUAUCACUUAGCUGCAAUUGACUACACUUCUUGUUGGUUUCCUAGGAGGAUUGUUUU